CUUCUUGUUUCUCUCCAGCAUGUUCUACCAGUAUCUCUUCCCAGUGCUUGUGUAUCUUUUGCUCAAUUCCUCCAUGGCUCCUCGCUAUCAAAAGAAAGACUUGGCUCUCUAUCUUCUUUCCUGCUUCCUCCCCCCUGUCUCCAUCUACAUCAGAUGCCAGCACCAGCUUAACAACAAGCACUUCUUCUUCAACAUCUUGCUAUGCUUUGUUUUCUACAUAUUCGCUGUCCUCCAUUCCAUCUGGUUCAUCUAUAUUACCUCUGAUCUUCCCUUUGUCGAAAACGAGAAUCUUAUUUCUCAUUCAAAUAACAAUAGCAACUCUGCCUCUAACAAUGCCGGCGAGAAUGGCGACGUUAACAACCAAAUCCCUGGUUAUUUCCCAAACCAGUUCUUGAACAAUUUAUCUUCCUUUAAUUUCAACACCUUUCUAAGAAAUUCAACUAGCGGGUAUCAACAAAUUCCAAAUUCAAAUACCCAAAAUAACAACCCAAUAUUACCUCAAUUUGCCAAUAGCAACAAUAGCAACUCAUCACAAUUGCAAAAUCAAUUUCAAAAUCAAUUCCAUUACAAUUCAAAUAAUAACCAGCCAAACAACUAUAGUAACAUCAAUAAUCAAAACAGACCUUUGUAUCCUCCUCCUCCAAACUCUCAACAACAAAACUACAACCCUAUUCCAAAUAAUAAUAACAACAACAUUAAUAAUAUUAAUAAUAACAAAUUGCCCCCUUCUUAUAACGAUGCUACUGUUGCUUCUUCUUCAAACCCUUCAACUUCAAAUCCAAUUCAACAAGGCCCUCCAUCAACUGGCGAUAAUAAAAUCCAGUACUAAUUAUAAUCAUAUCACCUCCACUAUUUAAUAAAUUAUUAAUUUCUUAAUACAAAAUUACUCUACUUUAUCUUAUUUUCAAUCAACUCAAUUUACUCCAAUUUACUCCAAUUUACUCCAAUUUACUCCAAUUUAUUCUGUUUUAUCUCAACUCCUGUACUUUCCUCAUUUUCAAUUUUAACCUUCUUACACCA